GCGGGGCUGGGCAUGGCGGCGCUGCUGGGCUGGGCCGCGGGCCUGGGCAUGGGGCUGGUGGCGGGCGGGCGGCGGCUCCUCAGGGCCGGCGGCGCGGCGGAGCAGUGCCUGUGGCGGGGGAUCAGCUCGGCGCAGCGCCCGAAGCGGCCCCUCACCGCCUAUUUCCGCUUCAUGAAGGAGAACCGGCCGGCUUUCAAGGAGAAGAACCCAGAAGUGAACAGCGUGGACCUGCUUAAAAUAAUAGCAGGUGCUUGGAAGGAGUUACCAGCAUCACAGAAGCAGGUUUACAAGGAAGCAGGAAAGACAGACUGGCAAAGAUAUGAAGAGCAGCUGACCAAAUACAAAGCCCAGCUAACUCCAGCCCAGGUUGCAGCUUUGAAAGAGGAGAGGAGAAAACAGCUGGCAAGGAGAAGAUCACUCCGGGCAAAAAGAGAAUUGGCUAUGCUUGGAAAACCUAAAAGACCUCGUACUGCCCUUAACAUUUUCGUGUCAGAAAAAUUUCAAGAAAGUGAGGGAGUUUCACCUACGGCAAGGCUGAAGAAGGUGUUUGAUGCCUGGCAAAAACUGUCCGCUUCUCAGAGGCAGCCAUACCUGCAGCUUUCUGAAGAUGAUAAGGUUCGGUAUGAGAAUGAAAUGAAGUUGUGGGAAGCAAAAAUGCUUGAACUGGGACGUGAGGACCUGGUGCGUUCCAAAAAGAAAAGGCUAAGAAAGAAGCCUGCUGAAACUGCAAAGGCAGCUGAGACAGCCAGAACUUCCUUGGGUAAAAAGGCAAAAUUAAAGUUGAAAAAAGCAGAAGAGUAAAAUGGCUGAGUAUUUUGUAUUGAAUCCCUUUUGGUUGUCACGUCUCUAUCCUGCCAUGUUAAUGCUGCAGUCAGUAUUAGCACUGAAAUUUGAAAGCCCUAAAAACCCACAGGAAGGGUCCCUUGGAAAGGUGAUCAGGUAAGAGAGGAGUCAUUGUCUCUCAGAACUGACUGAAGGAAUCACUGAAAACUCAGAACUGACUGAAAUAUAAUGCAGGUAUAGGCUGAACUGUAGAACAGCAAUCAAGCUAUGAAUACUGAUACUCACAUCAGCACAGCUCUCCAGUAACGGUAGAUUAACAGCCAGCUUUUAUAAGAUACUUUUUUUAUAAAAGAAAGAAUAUUCUACGACGUUACCAUCCAAGUUCUGUAAAUAAAAGCUGAAAUCUGAGUUAGUGAUGUUGUGUUUUGUUACCUCCCGUGGUAUCGGUAGUGAAGACAAAUGUUCUGCAUUUCAAUAACAGGCACAAGAAAUAGACUAACUUCCAUUUCAUGCAGCUGUCUUUUUGUACCUGUUAACCUGUGUAUGUCACUGAUGUUACAUUUAAGUAAAGACCAUGUGAGUUUUGUAUGAA